AUGAAGUUAAAAGAAGUACUGCAAAAGAAUCCAACCAUUGUUGUUACAAAAGAGAACUGCCCGUUCUGUGACACAGCUAAGAACACACUCGACAAAAAAAAGGUGAAGUAUUUGGAAAUUGAUGGAAUGAAGAACCAAGAUCUUGUGCAAGAAAUUGUGCAAAAGGAAAAGCACAAAACUUUUCCGAUGAUUUAUUUGAAUGGGAAAUUCAUUGGAGGAAAUGAUAAAUUACAAGAGUAUUACAGAGACCUUGAAAGCAACAAGGAGAAUCUAAAUGAAAAUGCACUUUAA